AUUAAACUCUUCACUGAAAGUGGAGAUAAUUAACUGUAUCGGAUAUAUUUAUAUUCAGCGUUUGCUGAGCUUUUUUGUUUUACUUGUGAUUUAGGAACUUACAGAAAUAUUAAGUAGUAUUUUAAUAUGAACCUUUUAUAACAUUUUCUAAAAGGAAACUCAUUAUGAAUAUGAAGUUCAUCAACAUGCAUGGAUCUGCCCAAAGCGAAGUGAAUACAAUACAGUCAAUAGUUCUGUUGUACUAAUAGUAAUAGCUCGAACUUUGGAGCUGAAUGUCGGGCGUAGUAUUACCGAUAGUAACUUAACAGUACAGUCCUUUUAAUUUAAGUUUUAGUAAUCUGUUUUAGCCUAUGCUUCAUGGAUAAUGUUUAUCUAGUCGUAUCAUUUUAUCAUAUAAUUAAUUUAUUGUUCACUUUGUUUAGGCACGAACUUGCCGCUUUGCUGUGACUUGUGAUUCGGUAAGAUACUUAGGUGGGAAAGUACAUCGAGAAAAGUAUUUUGAGUUAAGAAAUAUUUUAAAUUUAAAUUAAAUAUCAAGCUUUUUUAAGUCUCAAACUAAAAAACAUUGAGCACAAAGGCUGUAGAUAUAGGUUUAAAUUUUUAAGAUUUUUGAUAGAGCUAACGUCUUAAUGGUUUAUCAAAAAAUAAAAGUGAUACUGAGUUGCUCAAAGAAAGAGAUUGAUAAAGAAAAUGGCCCGUAUUUACUGGACAGUUAGUUCUUGUGGCCAGCGACUGUUGGAAACAAUUAAGAAGAAAUGUCAUCUAAUAAAGUAUACAAUAUGUUCCCUGUUUUACAACAGCUUUUUAGAUAUCUAUUAUAUUGGAGACAUAUGCAUGGAACCUUUGAUAUGGUUUGUGGAUCAUUUUACAAAAGCUCUAGGUCCAAUAUUUGUUUCUGGAGUCAUCUUUCUUACAUUGUCUGUUGUUGCUAUUGCCUACAUCAUCGGUCUUCCUUACUGGAUCAGUCAUAGCAUCACUGUUACCAUAGUAGCAGUAACAAUAGGCCACUGGCUUCUUGUGAACAUUAUCUUCCACUACUACAUGGCAUUCAAAACAUCAGCAGGCUUUCCACCUGAGGGAAUCUUAAUUCAAGAAGCAGUGUCUAUUUGUAAAAAGUGUAUCGCUCCAAAACCUCCACGCACCCAUCAUUGUAGUGUCUGUGACCAUUGUAUAUUGAAGAUGGAUCAUCAUUGCCCUUGGUUGAAUAAUUGUAUCGGCCACUUCAAUCACCGAUAUUUUUUUCUGUUUUGUGUCUACAUGUGGCUUGGAGUGAUAUUUUUGAUGUUCUUCGGUUGGUCAAUUGCUUGGGACCACUUUUUUGAAGAAGGAAAAGAGCAGAUAAACAGUGCUACUGGUUUCAUGAACAGAUCAACAGGAGAAAAUAAUACACAGAAGUCUCUCUUAUCAUCCCUCUAUCAUUUCUGUAUCAUCUAUGCAUCAUUGUUGUGUAUUGGUGUUUUCUUUACACUGGGUGCACUAAUUAUGUGGCACGCUCGUCUUAUCACUCGUGGAGAGAGUAGCAUCGAAGCUCAUAUCAACAAAAAAGAAACUGCCAGAUUGAAAGCAGUGGGACAAAUUUAUAGAAACCCAUACAACUUUGGGCCCAAAAGAAAUUGGAGAUUAUUUCUAGGCCUCGCACAUGGCAGAUCGUGGAGACACGUACUCCUGCCGUCAGCCCACUUGCCAGAAGGGGAUGGGCUACACUGGGGAUCUGUAAAUCACCUUUUGAGUGAGGGAAAAGACAACAGAUGACCCGAUCAGUUCUUUUACAAAAGUUCUAGUCACAUAUUCAUCAACUGCUUUGAAAGUUAAUAUUUAAAUAUAUGUUAGAAAGUGUGCUCACAGAUUGUGAGAUACUUGAGGGAAGGAAAGCAUUCCUUGAGACCGAGUGAUAUAAAUUUUCAGUGUACAAAGGGAAAGGAGCGGUUUAACAGGGAAACGGAGCAGUUUCUCGUGACUUGGUUUAACUUGAAACGGCCACAAUCAAUAAUGUAGGUGAUUAAAAAAAACUUCACUUUAACAUCAAUUAAUUAUAGUGUUAAUGCAAGCUUUUUUUUCUUAUAGUGAUUGUUUUCAUUUGGUAAAGACCAGUGUACAGCAUGCAUUUCAGUAAAGAAUAAAUAGUAUUAAUUGGAUAGUUGGUACUUUCAAAUUACAUAUGCACACACAUGUAAAUCUGAAAGUGAAACACUACAGACAAACAAACUUGCUACAAUUUAAAACACCGCCAUUAGAACGUCUCCACAAGAUGUUGAGCCAUUUUGAACACAUCUUGCCUGGUAGGUGCAACUGGAAAGAGUUAUCAGGUUUUAUCAGUUGUACACUGUUAACAGCUUACUGAAGUUUGUUUUCUAACGUAACGGUGAUUGGCUCUUUACUGUUGUAAACAAAUUUACUCUUAUAUGUAUGGAAACACAGUCAAGUAAAAAAUCACUUUUAGAAAAAUUUUAUUUCACCUUUUAAAUACAACAAAGUCAGAGUGUGUAAGUUCAUUAUAGUUAAUCGCCAUUCACCACAACAACAAUGGGUGACUACCACAUUACAGCCUAUUU